AUGUCUCGUCCUGGCACUACCUUAUAUGUCACCGGCUUCGGGCACGGGACUCGAGCUCGCGAUCUUGCCUACGAAUUCGAACGGUAUGGCCGACUUGUGCGUUGUGAUAUUCCAGCACCGCGAACUCCGUCGAGCAGACUGUUUGCUUUCGUGGAGUAUGAGAGUCGCCGUGAUGCAGAUGAUGCCUAUCAUGAGAUGCACAAUAAGCGAAUUGGCCGCGAUGAUUUAUUGAAGAUAGAGUGGGCUCGGACUCCCCCUUCUGCCUCCUGGCGUUUCGAUUCUGGUCGCGACCGUCGGCGUGACCGUACCCCUCCCCGCCGUGGCCGCUCUCCUUCGCCUCGACGCAGCCGUGGCGAUUACUCUCCGCGCAGGGAUGAAAGGUAUGAUCGGGAGUAUGACCGCCAUGAUCGUGACUACGAGCGUCGGGACCGUGAUUAUGAGCGUCGGGAUCGUGAUUAUGACAGACGUGAACGUGAGCGUUCUCGUGAUCGCUCCCGUAGCCCUGAUGAGAGAGAUCGUGAUGUCAAAGAAGGUCGGGAACGCCGGGAUGAUGAGCGAGAACGAAACGACGAUGAUCGUGAAAACGGACCAAAUGGCGAUGAAAGAAAAGUGGCCCCGUUAGACCCCUUGCCUUCUGCUCAUGAUGAACUGGACACCGCGGAGUAG